AAGGCGCAUGGCCGCUGCCGUGGCUGUCGGUUUGAACGCGGGCGCGAUGCAGGAGGCCGAGCGGUGCUGGGCGGCGUCGCCCCCUCGGCGCUCCCGGUCCUCCGCCGCCCCCGGCCCCGGCCCGUCCUCCUCGGGCGCCAUCCUCGGCCUCAGGUCGGGCGAACAGGCCGCGGCGGAGGGCUCGCUGUCGCCGGCCCCGAGCUGCAGCGGCUCCACUCUGUCGCUGCUGUCCCCGCUCGGCCGGCCCGGCUUCCCGUUCGACGACGGCGACGACGAGGGCGCCGGGGACGAGGAUGGAGAGGCCCCCGGCUUCGAGACCCGGAGGACCGGCCCCGGAGCAGCCGCGGCUCCGGGCCACGACAGCGAGGUGGAGCCGGGAGAGGCGCGCGAGGAGCAGGUGGAGCGCGGGGCCUGGAGCCUGACCCCUUGGGAGCUGUGGUUCGUGGGCAAAGAGCAGGAGGAGCGCGAGAGGCUGCAGCAGAAGGCGCUGGAGGAAUUGAGUCAACAGAUGGAAAGAAGAAAAGAAAUGGAAGCGCGCGAGAAGAGGAAAGUGAUUGCGGAGGAGAAGCACCGGGAGUGGGUGGAGAGGAAGAGGCGCCAGGAAAGGAAAGAAAGAGAACAAAAAAUCAAUAAAGAAAUGGAGGAAAAAGCAGCAAAGGAACUGGAGAAAGAACAUUUGCAAGAAAAAGCAAAAGAAAAAUAUCAAGAAUGGUUAAAGAAGAAGAAUGCUGAAGAGUGCGAGAAGAAGAAGAAAGAAAAGGAAAAAGAAAAGCAACGGCAAGCUGAAUUACAGGAGAAAAGGGAAAUAGCCGAGAGAAAGUUUAAGGAAUGGUUGGAAAAUGCAAAAAACAAGCCCCGCUGCACUGCAAAGAGCUACGGCUUCGCCAAUGGGAGGCUCACAGAAUGCAGUGGAAAUGACGACGACCCAAGACUGAGCCUGGGCGUACAGCCCUGUGCUUCUCCUCCUUCUCUGAGCACUUUUCCCAGCGGCGGGUGAAUAAGCUCAGCCUAGAAUUCUGGAACACGAGACUAUAAAGAACAGCCAAUCCCAGCUUAGGCCACCCUACAUCAGCAGUCCAUAUGGGUGGCUCCAGUUCACCAAUUCUCAAUUUUAGUGUGUGUGUGACUCUUACCAAGACCAGGAGAAAGGCUGACCCUCAGAAUUAUGAGGUAAACAGGUGGGUAUUAUUUUGUUACCAAGUUUGGGAAUUGUGACCAUUAAUCGCGAUGUGUCAACGUGACUGCGUUACUAGCAGAUCAGCAAACCACACCUGUGGGGUGUCUGGGUGGGUCAUAAAGGUGCCCUUGAGUCCUAUAUCUAGUCCCUGGCCCCUUCCUCUCUGUCACUCUUUCCAUUUCGCUUCCUGGAUUCUAUGAACCGAGCACUUUCACUCCUUCAUGCCCUUGUGAGCCAAA